GUGCCCGUAGUGUGUGGGGGAGGAUCUCUUGUGAGAUAAACAAGCAGCCAGUCAUCGGGCAUAGAAACAUGGCGGCGGCAGACCGAGCUAGACAGCCGUUUUCCAAAUCCGAAGGUCAGCGCCGGACAUAACAUAGAGGGUUUCAACUACGUUGCUGAUAUGCGUUGAGGAUGAGUGGUGUAGGUGAAAAUACCUCUGACCCUGCAAGGGCAGAGUCCAAGAAGCGCAAAGAAUGUCCGUCUGACCAGCUGGGACCCAGCCCUAAACGAAGCACUGAAAAACGCAAUCGCGAGCAUGAAAAUAAAUACAUCGAGGAACUUGCUGAGCUGAUCUUUGCAAACUUCAACGAUAUCGAUAACUUCAAUGUUAAGCCUGACAAAUGUGCAAUCUUGAAAGAAACUGUGAAACAGAUUCGGCAGAUAAAAGAACAAGAAAAAGCUGCCGCAGCCAAUGAAGAGGAGGUGCAAAAGGCUGAUGUGUCGUCGACAGGCCAAAGUGUUAUUGACAAAGAUGCCCUUGGACCAAUGAUGCUUGAGGCCUUAGAUGGGUUCUUCUUUGUAGUGAACCUAGAGGGAAACAUUGUGUUUGUGUCUGAAAAUGUGACCCAGUACCUGAGGUACAACCAGGAGGAGCUCAUGAACACUAGUGUGUACAGUGUCCUGCACGUGGGGGAUCAUGCAGAGUUCAUCAAAAACCUGCUGCCUAAAUCUCUAGUGAAUGGGGUACCCUGGCCAAACGAGAACCCGCGGAGGAACAGCCACACUUUUAACUGUCGGAUGCUGGUCAAGCCUCCCAGUGACUCGGACGAGGAGGGCCAUGACAGCCAGGAAGCGCAUCAGAACUACGAAACUAUGCAGUGUUUUGCUGUCUCCGAACCAAAGUCCAUUAAAGAAGAGGGAGAAGAUUUGCAGUCCUGUUUGAUAUGUGUUGCAAGACGAGUUCCUAUGAAGGAAAGGCCAGUCCUUCCAACCCCUGAGAGCUUUACCACGAGGCAGGAUCUGCAAGGCAAGAUUACGUCACUGGAUACGAGUUUGUUACGAGCCUCAAUGAAACCAGGCUGGGAGGACUUGGUGAGACGAUGCAUUCAGAGGUUUCACUUGCAGAAUGACGGGGAAAUGUCAUUCGCCAAAAGGCAUCAUCAAGAAGUUCUGAGGCAAGGACAAGCUUUCAGUCCCACGUAUCGGUUCUCUCUGUCCGACGGCACCAUUGUGACUGCCCACACGAAGAGUAAACUUGUGCGAUUUCCCGCUACAAAUGAGCCGCAGCUUUAUAUGUCACUACAUGUUCUACAAAGAGAACAAAAUGUUUGCGGGAUGAACAGGGAUAUGCUUGGACAAGCUAUGGGAAAGCAAAUUAAUUCUAUCAAUUCAAUGACCCCACCAACCCAGGGGGGCAUGCCUGCUGGAAUACCAGGUCAGGAUAUGACUGUGAGCAGCAAUACAAGCUUCAAUGCUGUUGGCGGGCCAACGGAUCAGAUUAUUAUGGGGCAGAUACCGGGCAAUAGGUUUGGAUGCCAGGGAGGAAUGAACCAUUCCCCAGGCAUGCAGGUGGCCACUCCUCAGGGCAGUAACUAUGCACUUAAAAUGAAUAGCCCGUCGCAAAACAGCCCUGGCAUGAACCAUGGGCAGCAAAACUCAAUGCUGUCUCCCAGGCACCGCGUCAGCCCAGGUGUGGUGGGCAGCCCACGCAUCCCUCCCACUCAGUUCUCCCCUGCAGGAAGCUUGCAUUCGCCAGCAGGAAUGUGCAGCAGCACAGGAAACAGCCAUAGUUACACCAGCAGUUCCCUUAAUGCACUUCAGGCCCUCAGUGAAGGCCAUGGGGUCACCAUCGGGCAGUCUUUAGCUUCACCUGACAGGAAAUUGGGUAAUGCACAGAGUUCUCCCAUAAACAUCAGCCCUCAUCCACUGACCAAGAUGAGCAGCUCAGACUUUAAAGAAUCCUUUGGGUUGUUUGGGGAUCAGGGCCCCUCAGAGACGAGUCAACAGGAGGGGAACUGCAAUGCUGGAGAGCAGAAGGAUAAUGGCGAAAAUAGUCAAUUCAGCAGUGGGGAGAGGACGGAGGCACAAAACCGACUGCAUGACGGCGAGGGGCCCACAAAACUCUUGCAGCUGCUAACCACCAAGUCCGAUCAAAUGGAACCUUCUUCACCAUUACCAGGUACUAGCGGAGACUAUAAUAACAAGGACUCCAUGGGCAGUGCCACAGUAGGGAGCAACCAAUCGGUUGGAGGAUCUCUGGGGCAUGGGACUUCACUGAAGGAGAAGCAUAAGAUUUUGCACAGACUCUUGCAGAACAGUAGUUGUUCAGAUUUGGCCAAACUUACAGCAGAAGCCACUGGAAAAGACAUCAGCCAGGAGGGCAACAAUGGAAGUCCUGGCUCCAAAAUGACAGUUAAACAGGAGCCAAUGAGCCCCAAGAAGAAAGAGAAUGCACUUCUUCGCUAUUUACUGGAUAAGGAUGAUACCGGUUUACAGGAGAAAAACAUUAAUUUAGAACAAGGGGAGAGCAAGAUAGACCCUUGUAGUGGCAUUAAGAAGUCAAACAUAAAGACUGAGAAACAGGAUCCAGGCUAUGAGAGAUCAGAACAGUUGAGUGAAUUGGAUGACAUUCUAGAUGACCUGCAGAAUAGCCAGCCCCAGCUGUUCUCUGACACCCGGCCUGUUUCUGUGUCGGCGCCAGUGGACAAACAAGCCAUCAUCAAUGACAUCCUUCAGAUCACUGGGGAGAACAGCCCCGCUACAUCCCUGGGUCCACAGAAACCGUUUCCAGGCAUGCCUCAAGGCACCUUCAGUAACCCCAGGGCAGGUCAGCCUGGCAGAGGCCCACCUGUCCGCGUUGUGUCUGUGGACAUGAAUGUGCAAACUCGAGCCUCUUCAGGACCUUUUCAGAGCAUGAGAAACAACAGUCCUUAUUCGGUCAUGGCCCAGCAGGGAAUAAUGGGAAAUCAGGGGAUUAUGUCAGGCCAGGCAAAUUUAGUAAACACAGGGAUGUUUGGUGGUAACCCUCUGAGAGCCAACAUGCCGUCGGGAGAGUGGGGCCCCCAGGGCGCUGCCGUCAACAGUACCAACUCAGCAGUGUCUGCCACCAUCAACAGACCAAUGCAGCCGGGAGCUGGAGGCAUGGUCCGAAACACAGCGCCAGGGGUUUCGAUGAGACCCAACAGCCAGCCUGGCUUAAGACAGAUGCUGCCGUCUCAGAUAAUGGAUAUGGCCCAGUCUGAUCUCGGAAUGACAGGUCCCCAGUUUACCCAGCAGCAGGUACCGCCCAAUCAGACAGCACCUUGGCCAGACAGCAUGCUGCCCAUUGAGCAGGGGCCCUUCAUCAAUCAAAACAGACAAGCCUAUAACAGCUCCCAAGAUGAUUUGCUGUGCACGCCUACUACUGCAGAAGCCCUGACAGAUGAAAGCAGUCUGCUCAAUCAGCUCUACUCGGUACUGAAGGACUUUGAUGGCCUGGAGGAAAUAGACCGGGCUUUGGGGAUACCUGCGUUGGCCAGCCAGAGCCAGGCAGUGGACACUGAGCAGUUUCUAAGCCAGGACCCCAGUGUGAUGCUGGAACAGAAGCCUUCUGUUUACAGCCAACAGUAUUCUGCUCCAGCUACCAUGCCCCAGGGAAAUUAUCCUCCCAUGCAGGAUGCCAGUUUUCACCCCCUGGCCAAUCAGAUGGGCCAGAGACCAGGCUACUCAAUGUUGCGCAUCCAGACCCGGCCUGGGCUGCGGCCGACUGGCAUGGUGCCUAACCAACCCAGCCAGCUGAGGCUUCAGCUUCAACACAGACUGCAAGCACAGCAGAACCGUCAACCAAUAAUGGGUCAGAUCAACAAUGUCUCCAACAUGAACCUACCUCUAAGACAGAACGUGCCACCCCAGGGAACCAUCAAUGCUCAGAUGUUGGCUCAGAGACAGAGGGAGCUCUUGAGCCAACACCUGCGCCAGCGUCAACUCGAGCAGCAGCGGCAGCAGCAGCAGCAGCAGCAGCAGCAGCAGCAGCAGCAGCAGCAGAGAGCCAUGAUGAUGCGGGCACAGGGCCUCAACGUCCCGCCCAGCAUGGCAGCAGCAGCAGCCUCUGGUGGUAUGCCGGGUACCAUGAGCAACCCGCGGCUCCCUCAGGCAAACCCACAGCAAUUCCCAUUCCCUCCAAACUACGGUACUGGACUUAAAUCCCCACCACCCUCCACCAGCCCUUUCUCCCCAGUGUCCCCCAGCCACCCUGGGUCACAGCUCCUCUCUCACAGCUCCUUGCAUGGCUCCCAGAUGAGUCUGGCUAACCAGGGAAUGAUGGGAAACAUGGGAGGACAGUUUGGGCCUGUAAUGAGUCCCCAAAUGCAGCACAAUGCCUUCCAGUUUCCCAGCUCAGGAAUGAAUCAGCAACCUGAUGCAGGAUUUGGUGGAGCUGCUGCACCCCAGAGCCCCAUGAUGUCGCCCAGGAUGAGUCACACUCAGAGUCCCAUGAUGCAACAGCCCCAGGCUAACGCAACCUUCCAGUCAUCGUCUGAGAUGAAUGGCUGGCCACAGGGGAAUAUGAGUGGAAACAGCAUGUUUUCACAACAGUCGUCACCUCAGUUUGGACAACAGUCAAAUGCCAGCAUGUACAACAAUAAUAUGAACAUCAGUGUGUCCUUGGCCACAAACUCCAGCAACAUGAACAACAUGAACCAGAUGUCGGGGCAGAUUAACAUGUCCUCAAUGACCUCGGUGCCUACAUCAGGGUUGUCAUCCAUGGGUCCUGAGCAGGUAAGUGAUGCAGCCUUGAAUAACAUGGUCCACCUCUGA